AUGUUCGCAUCCAACUUUACCAUCGCCGACACUCACUUGGAGCAUCUGCGCGGGCAGGAAAACCUCAAGACGUUUGCUCAAUCGAAAACGAUCGCAUCGGGCAGCUUGAUGACCAACUACUUCUGCUCGACAUGCGGAACCUUGAUGUAUCGUGUCGGUGCGGCGUUCCCGGGCCAUAGCAUCCUGCGCAUUGGCACUGUCGAUGAUUUCAACUUGCACGAGACAAAGUUGAAGCCUAGAGUCGAGCAGUUUAUUGAAGACCGCGUGUGCUGGCUCUCUAGUGCGCAGGGGGUAAAGCAGCAAGUUGGGAUUGCAUUUAAACCGAGGAAGCGAGCUGGAGUAUUGUGA